AGGGCAUGGGUUGGGGGGCGCCAAUGGGGAGGACUUUGCUGGCAAAACCUGGGUGGGGGAGGGGUCUGUCCCCCUUCCAAGGCAUUUGGGGGAGGUCUCCCCCACUUCCAGAGCUGCUCACAGUGGAGGAGACGGGGGGCUGGGAUAAGCCCGCAUGCGCUGCCAGCCAAUUUGGGGGUGCUUUCCUGGGCACCCCCUGCCACGGGAGGGUUUUCGGAACCCCCGCCAGAGCCAGCCAAGCCUCCCCCUGGCCCCCCGUUAGCUGUAGUUUGGGGUCGCAGGGCCUGGGGGGCUGCGGGGGCGGUGGUUGGUUCUGCAGAAUGUCGACUUGUCAUGAGGUCCAUCUUUCCCGAGCUCCACCCCAAUCCUUGGUGCUCCCCCCGCCCCGGCUGGGGGCACCCCCUCUCCCAGAGCCGCCUCCGGGGACGGGCAGGACCCCCCACGGCCCCCCCAAUCCCCCGUUGACCUUCUCCUCUGGACUCCUCUGUUCUGAUCCACGUUUUUAAAGAGCAUCCGGCCCAGCGGGCGCACGCGCCAGAGAGAUGCGGAGAGAGAGACAGAGAGCGGGCGGGGGGAGGGAAGCAUGAACCCUGGCAUCCAGGCGGUCCAAGCUCUCAGCCGCGGCGGGGCCCCUGGAGACACUGCUCCCACGCAGCUCCACUGGGAUGUCGUCUGCAUGUGGGGCCAGGGGACCUGCUGCUCAUGAACCUUGGCCCCUGGGGUCUCCAAGCUGAUGGGACUGUCCAAGGACCUGGGGGUCAUCUCCAGGCCCCCGAGGUCACUGAUAGUUCUGGGGGUCUCCAGGCUGGUGGAUUCACCGCAAACCCCUCUGUUACUGACCUGCGCCCCCGAAGGGUCGGCACUGCCAGGAGCCUCCGCCGCUCCUGGGACUCUCUCCAAGGACCUCUGGCCCCUAGGCGUCUCCUCCAGCCCCCGGGCAUCUCCGCUGCUCCUGGGACUCUCUCCAAGGACCUCCGGCCCCCGGGUGUCUCUUCUGGCCCCGAGGGUCUCCGCUGCUCCUAGGACUCUCUCCAAGGACCUCCAGCCCCUAGGCGUCUCCUUCGGCCCUCGGGGUCUGUUGCUCAUGGGACUCGACACCCGGGGGCAGAACUCCUCCAACACCCGGGGGCAGAAAUCAGCUGCUCAAGGAAUGAGCUCUGAAGACCUUCCUCUCCUGGGGGUCCCUGCAACUCUCACCAGUCAUUCCAAGGAUCUCCAGCCCCUGGGGUCUCAUUUGCUCUCAGACCAUGCUAGGACCUCCAGCCCCCAGGAAUCUCCAGCUCUGGGGUCUCCAUUGCUCUCAGACCAUGUGAGGAUCUCCACUUCUGGGGUUCUCCUUGAUUCCAGGCAUCUCCGUUGCUCGCAGACUCGCUCAAGGGAUCUCCAGCUCCUGGGGCUCUCUUCCCCCAGGGAGUCUCCACUGCUCUCAGGACUAUGCCAGGACGUCUGGGCCCUGCGAUCUCUGCUGCUCUUGGGACUCGCUCCAGGACCUCCUGCCCCUGGGGUUCUCCUCCACCCCGGGGGGUCUUCAUUGCUCUCGGGACUUGCUCCAAGGAUCUCCUGCCCCUGGGGUUCUCCUCCACCCCAGGGGUCUUCGUUGCUCUCAGGACUUGCUCCAAGGACCUCCAGCCCCGGGUGCCCGCUCUCUUGGGACUCUCCACCCAGCCCCCCGCCGGCGGGCGGCUCCCACCUUUGCCCUCUCUCCUCCGGGACGCCAGCCAGCGCUAGGUUUCUCCGCCACCACCACCUUGUCUCUUGCCGCCCCACCCCGCCCCUCCAAACCUGGGAGGGUGCAUUGCGAUUGGACCGGCCGUUGCCUAGAUACCCUGGGCACUGCGGUGCGAUUGGCCGACGAAGGACGCCCCAGGUGUGAGAUGGUACCUGGCGCCUCUGGCAGCACCUUUAUUUCUUCUUGUCUCUUUGGUUUCCUUAUGUUCUUUAAAGACAAAGGAGGUUUUUGGUUAAA